UCGGAGCACGUGUGAGCGUCAUUCGUGCGCUAGACGUUCGGUGUGCCGGUUCGUUUUACUCGUCCGUGCAGUCCCACUUAACUGUACCAAUCUGUUGCUCGCUCAAUGCGUCAGGGAAGAUAAAGCUCUAAAAAACAUAAAUAAUUGCAGUUUGUGUCAAACUUUUGCCGCUAAAUUAAAUGAAAGUCUUCUAAAUAUCAAACCGCGUGUGCUUUUGUGUGUUUUUGGUGUGAUUUUGUUUUACGAGGCUGUGUGUUGCGUAUGCUAACUGCUUACAUUCGAUCAACCGUGUGUAUCCAGGGUAUCCUUUUACGUCGGGUGGGCCCGCUGUGUGAACGAGUGAGAAAAAAACAGUGAGUAAAUAAGCAAACGCCAAAGCUCCAUCAGCAAGUAAAAUUAAAAGUGACACGCUAAAAUUAAAUAGUAAAAAAAGCAGCUCACCACAAAAACGUUACACAAAAAGCCGGUGGGAAGGGGUAAAGCACCCAUUGCCACAGUUCGAGGUGUGCAGAAAAUUGAAAAUCCUCCCUCACUCUCACCGAGGUUGGACGUGCGCUGGCUUUGACAGCUCAAUUUCCAUCACCCUCGAUCGUAAAAGCGUCCGUGCGCCGGAUUGUGGCCAGCUUCACAAGUUCGCAACGCACCGAAAGCCAAACCAAGCGAGUGUACCAAAAUCGCUAGAACGGAACAGUGAGUGUGUGUGUAUGAGUGUGUGAAUGUCCGGUGAAUAAAGUACACCAUCGUCUUGCGAUCGAAUACACAUCGGACAGCAGUAAGAUUACUUUGCGAUUGCGAAAACUUAAAAAAAAAACAACACACACACACAAAAGUGUGACAAAAAGUGCACUAAAACAACAGUACGAAGUGCGCCCGGCCAUCCUCAACCAACUCAAAUUCUGUUGUUUAACUCCGGUCGAGUUCUCCUCUACCACCCAAGCAUACAAACACAAAAAAAAACCGUGAUCUUCACACGGCGGAAAUCGAUACAGACUUGUAUCACACACCACUAAAAAGGCGAAAGCGCAUUGGACAUGUGAUUCUGCAUCGGUGGGCAUCUCUCCAGAACAAUCGCGUGUCUUCAUUAUCGCACAGUUUGACGAGGGCAUCUCGUGCAAAGAAAACGGCCCCCAAAAUACACCACGAAAGUAAGGGCAGCUCUAAGAUGAAAGCAUCCAGAGGGCCACGGCCCUUGGUGCUGACGGCGGCACUGACCCUAGCGCUGCUAGCACACACAGGCCACGCGUUCCUAGCCGGCUACCGAAGCGGGCUCGGACUGGACGGGUUUGGCAUUUGCCCCGCCGAGAUGCGCAACUGCUCCUGCCGCUCGUACACCGGCGCCGAGACGGAGAUCGACUGCCCGGAAGCGGACUCGACCGUGCACCUGCGCAUCGAGCCGCACCAGUACGCGGAGAUGCGCUGCCAGCGCAACCGACGCUACGACUUUGAACAGAUCCCGCAGCUGUCCAUCGGCGACACGAACCGGCUGACGAUCGACGACUGUCCGUUCCCGCACCACCAGUCCAUCCUGCAGCUCGUCUCGUUCCUCGGCACGACCCAGGUGAAGGUGCUCUGGCUGAAGAACAACGCGAACCACGAGCAGAGCGCGUCGCUGGUGCGGCAUCACUUUGCCGGGCUGGACCAGCUCGACCGGCUCGCCAUCAGCAACGCCAAGCUGAGCGACAUCGGGCCGGACCUGUUCGAGCAUCUGCCCAACCUGACCUGGCUCGACAUGCGGGACAACAUCUUCCGACUGCCGGCCACCAUCUUCGAUGCGCUGCCGAAGCUGCGCGUCCUCGAGCUCAGCUUCAACAGUCUGGAGGAGCUGGACCCGCGGUUGCUGCGCCACCUGCCCAACCUGCGGCUGCUCACGCUGUGGCACAACAAGCUGCGUACGUUGAGCCGGGCGGCGUUCACCGGUAUGCCGGAGCUGGAGCGGCUUGAUCUGUCCUCGAACCAGCUCGAAUCGGUACCGGGCGAUCUGUUUGCCGAUUUGCCGCACCUAACCGAGCUGGCGAUGGGGGUCAACAACUUCCGCACGCUGCCCGACGGCUUGUUCCGAGCGAACCGUGAGCUGAGGAAGGUUAAGCUUGCGUCCCAGCGCGUCGAGCUCGAAACGCUACCGCACGAUCUGCUCCAAAUGCUACCCGUGCUCGACCAGGUUAGCCUGGAGCGGGUCGGGCUGGUUAGCCUGCCCGGUACGCUGCUGUUCGGUUCGGCCAAUCUAACCCAGCUGAAUCUGGCCAACAAUCAGCUGCACCAGCUGCCCGAGGAUUUGCUGCGGGACCAGAAAGCGCUGCAGGUGCUGCAGCUCCAGCACAACCAGCUGACCGGUCUGCCCGCCGGCUUGCUGCGGAACACGGUCGAGCUCCAUACACUGCGCUUGUCACACAAUCAAAUAGGCGAACUAUCUGCCGUCGCGCUGCAAGCGCUCACAAAGUUACAGGAACUCUAUCUCGACCACAACCAACUGCACACGAUUGAGCUGCACGCGUUCAAGCAAACGACCGCCCUGCACACGCUCCACCUGCAAGUGAACCAGCUGGCAUUCGAAACGCUCAACACGCUGCCCGCCACUGCGCCGGACACGGGCGACCAGGAACAGCUGACCGAUCACAUCCCCGCCCCGGACGAGUUCAGCCUGCUCGCCCAGGACGGGACCCCGUUCCAGCAUCUGCACCAGCUGCGCGAGCUCGACCUCUCCUCCAACUGGCUGACGGCGGUGCCGCGCGACCUCCUUCUCAACACGCACGAGCUCCAGCGGCUCAACCUCACGCGCAACAACAUCACCAGCCUGACGUACGCGAACCUCCAGUUCCUGGCGCCCGCCAUCACGGUCGAUCUGCGCCACAAUAGCAUCUUCGAGAUCGAUCUCGCCGACAUGGAGCGGCUGGUGCUGCUCGAGCCGCGCAACUUCGACGAGCAGACGGGUCGGGCGCGCAUCCUCCUCAACGACAAUCCGCUCCACUGCAACUGCAUCGCGUACGCGUUCGCGCAGUACAUCCAGAACCGGCUAGCGACGGCCGUGUACGAUCGGUUCGAGCUGGUAGCGAACGAGCUCACCUGCCACGGCCCGGAACAUCUGGAGGGCGCGCUGAUCAAGGACGUGCCGACCCGCGAGCUGCUCUGCGAGCUGGACACACCGUCGACCGCGAUCCGGCACUGUCCAGCGCCCUGUCGGUGCUACAUCCGGCCGGAAGAUACAGGCGUGAUCAUCGACUGCAGCGGCCAAGCCCUGACCGAGGUGCCGGAGCUGCCCCGGCCCACCACCUUCGGUUAUCGGUUCAUUGAGCUACACCUGGAGAACAACAACAUUAGCGCCCUGCCGGAUUCGACGACCGCGAGCGGCAGCAGUGGUUGGGCGGAAGUCCGCGAGCUGUACGCGUCGAACAACUCGAUCGCGGCGCUAGCCGCCGACCAGCUGCCGCGCAGUUUGCGACUGCUCGAUCUGAGCCGCAACCGGCUGACCGCGCUGGACGGGCCGCUGGCCGAGUCGCUGACCGCUAGCACGACGCUCACCACCGUGCGGUUGGCGCACAACGACUGGACGUGUCAGUGCGAGACGACCCAGUUGCUAACGUUCGCGCAUGCUAACCAGCGCCGCAUCGAAGACUUCGGGCGGCUCCGUUGCUCGGACGGGCGACCACUGGAACAGAUGACGCUCAGCGACCUGUGCGUCGAUCGCACUCACGUGAUCGUGCUGACCUGUGUGAUCGUGUCCGUCGUCGCCUGCCUGGUGGCGGCGCUCUCGCUGGUCUACUACACGUACAAGCUCGAGCUGAAGGUGUGGCUGUUCAAGCACGGUCUCUGUCUGUGGCUGGUUGCGGAGGAGGAACUGGACCGGGACAAGCUGUACGACGCGUUCGUGUCGUACUCGCACAAGGACGAAGCGUUCAUCACCGAGCAUCUGGUGCCGACGCUCGAGCGCGACCCGAUGAACUUUAAGCUCUGCUGGCACGUGCGCGACUGGACGCCCGGCGAAAUGAUCUCCUCCCAGAUUUCCAGCUCCGUUGAGCAGUCGCGCCGCACGAUCAUCGUCCUGUCGAGCAGCUUUCUCGAGUCGCUCUGGGGCCAGCUAGAGUUCCGCACCGCGCACCUGCAGUCGAUGGCGGAACGGCGCAACCGGCUGAUCAUCAUCAUCUACGGCGACAUCGGCAACAUCUACGAUCUCGAGCCCGAGCUGCGCGCCUACCUGCACACCAACACGUACGUGCGCUGGGGCGACCCGUGGUUCUGGGACAAGUUGCGCUUCGCCAUGCCCCAUCCGCCGAAGGUGCGAGGUGCCAGCGGUACCGCCAGUACUGUCGUCAAGUCGGGCGUCAGCACCGCCGGCGGACUGUUCAUGAAGCAGCUGCAAGGUGCCGCCCCGGUGGACGACCGGCUCGAGCUGAUCAAACCGCAGGUCACGCCGGCCACCCCACCCGCCCUUACCACGCCGCCAACCGAGCCAAUCAGCAGCGCCACGCCGGCCCCGGGCCCGUUCGUCAUCAGCGGUAACGGUGGCGGUGUUGGCGGCGCCGGUGCCCAGCUGCUCCACCAGCAGCUCAGCAAUGCGUACCGCGCCAGCGGUCACAUCAACGGUGCAUUCGUCAUCAACAGCAACGCAAAGCAGAGCGACGUCUAGUUGCUGUGGCGUUUCGAGCGAACUCGCAAACACGAACAGACUGAAACAACGAAUCUCGAAUCUCGAAUAGUGCGUACCCCGAAGGUCACACGCGGUCCUCUUGCCGUGUGAACGGUCACAUUGCAGAGGAAUGUAGUUUAGACUAGUAACCCGGUCGCUCGAUGCCUCACCCCCAAACGGGCAUUACAUUUCCUACUUUUAGUAACAUAACUUAUCAGCAAACGCAAGCUGACGAAUGCAUCUCUCCAAGGCUAGGAUUACCUUCGAUGCUUCCCUCACACAGAGCGCACCGCACGUCCAAAGCUACCGAUUCAAGGGAAACGAUCAAAGAGACCGGCAGCAAGAGCCGGCAGUUAGCGAUAAGUUUGUAACCUUUUUAACGACACAAGCCUUGAGUGUCUUUUGAUUCUCAUUUUCAUACCAACCGUGCAGGCAACGUAUCGCAACGUAGGCCGUCUGGGCUGCAUUGCGGUUGCUGUAGGGCGUAUUUAUAAUCGCAAGUUUUCUUGCCAAAAAGUACUUACUGCUCACACAAAAUGCAAAAUGCGUAGGCGAGCAAAGAGCGCGUAUCGUUUAGGUCGUAAGAUUAAGAGGUUUAAGCUGCCCUAGAUAGGCAAACGGCACCAUGUUACCCCGUGUCCUGGCACGUACCACCCUAGUACCUACUCACUAUUCAUCCACUCAUUCACCAUCUCCCACCUCCCCCAUACCCUUUUCAUCACCCAACACACAAAAGUCCCUUGUUCAAUUUGUACCAUUUCAUCUGAACUGAUUUACUUACCCUCUGUUUUUAUUUUGUCUGCGCCAUGUUCUUUGACCUCUUUAUCUCUAACUAUAUGAAGCAUGUGUAUAGUGUUUAGGAAGUAAUAUGCAGCGUGUGUGAAACGUGAUUGCAUGAAUAAAAAUAAUGAUAUAAAACAACAAAUGCCAACCCACGAUGUUUGCAUUGCAUU